GUCGCCGGUGUCGUAGUUGUCGACUGACCGUCGCGCAAAGUGCAUCCACGUACCUUUCCCGUUACCGUCCGACGGGAACUAAAGGAAUUUCAAUUAGCCAGUGAGUUUAAAAUCGUGCAUACAACGAAAAUCUUCCUCCACACUGUUUUCAAAACGAUCGACACGUGUUUCGAUGCUUGAUUAUAUUUUCUGGCGAAAGCUUUGCAAUAUUUGUUAUUGUUAUGUGUGCCUGAAAGGAGUACUCAGACCACAGUGACAAUCUUUGCCCGCGGAGGAGUAGCUGGAUCACUGAGGAUUAAUUGCAAUCACGAUCAUAUCACUAGUCCUACACAUCUCAGACCAAUGCACCCUUAUCAGUGAAUCCUGUUGAUAGCAACUAUCAUAGCAUUCUCUCAUUUUUGCACAGCCGAAUAAUGUAGUGGAUAAUGGAGUUGACUGAAUGAUAAAUUGAUAACUAGCAUCGCGAUAACAAACCUCAUUAAAUUGAAGCUGAGAGCUAACUGAACUAGAUUCUUGGACACUGGAACCCUAGCUCCUAUACACGAUGUGUAAUAACAAAAAAGAGAACAGUAAAGUAUCAUCGAUGCAAAGACCAAUCAAAGUUACAACAAUUGGUGAUGGCUCCGUUGGCAAAACAUGUAUGCUCAUCACAUACACAACGAAUGAAUUUCCCUCAGAAUAUGUGCCCACAGUUUUCGAUAACUAUGCAGGGAUCAUACAUGUAAAUGGAAAGCAAUAUGAUAUGACUUUGUGGGAUACGGCUGGUCAGGAAGAUUAUGAAAGGAUCAGACCUUUAUCCUACCCAAAUACUGAUUGCUUCUUGAUCUGCUUUUCAGUGAAUUCUCGCAGUUCAUUUGACAAUGUUGCGAAUAAAUGGCACCCAGAAAUUAAGCAUCACUGUCCAAACACACCUGUAGUUCUAGUUGGUACUAAGGGAGACCUUAGGAACACGGAAAAUGACAACACAAUUUCAAUUAAAGACUGCAAAAAGAUGAAGAAAAAAGUGAAGGCAUACAAAUAUAUUGAGUGCUCAGCUCUAAAGCGAGAAAAUUUAGAAGACGUUUUCGUCGAAGCCAUUCGAGCUGUAUUGAAAAAGCCAUCUAGGAAACUUUGUUGUACAUUUUGAAGACUAAAUCACAAAGCAAUAUUUAUAAAUAACUAUUUGUAAUAAUUUUAAUAUUUAGAAAGAAUAUAUCAUUCAAAGAACUAUAAUAUUUUCGUAUCCUUUGCACAUAAAAAGUAAAAAAUAUUCUGUAAAUGCGUUAACAUUUUACACAAUUAUUUAAGUCAACUAAUGUCUAUAUUAUAAGGUAAUAAAAAUGAUUCGUUUUAUUGAUA